GUAUUUGCAGAGUGCGUGAGAGAUAACAGCGAAUACGUUACCUGCUAAUACACAUUUUCUGUUAUUGUCGGACGGAGACUCCGAGCAGAUUCUUAGCUGCCUGAGUUACUGAAUUAUCGAUCGGUUUUAUGUUUUUAUGAAAAAUGAAGAACAGAAAACAUCACCGUGAAACGGCGAUCAUUCUUCUGUUUCGGAGACGCCGGAGCAUUUUCCACCUCGUUCCUUUUUUCUUAUCUUUAUCAGGCGUUGUUCUCGUUUUAUUUCUGUUGAUCUCUUAUCUAUCUCCUCCUAUUAAUAGCCAUCAUGAUCACUUCAUCAGCCGUAUCAGCUCGACGGGAGGAGGGAGCUUAAGCAGAGAUCUAUGGAAUUCGAAGAAAUCGAAUUUCUACCAUGGUUGCAGUAUUUCCACUGAAGAGUUCCCUACUGCUGAGGUUAAUACACUUGCUAAUAGGUACUUGUUGAUUGCAACUAGUGGAGGCUUGAAUCAACAGAGAACAGGGAUUAUUGAUGCUGUUGUUGCAGCUCAUAUCUUGAAUGCAAUCCUUGUAAUUCCAAAGCUGGACCAACAAUCCUAUUGGAAGGAUUCAAGCAACUUCUCCGAAAUUUUUGAUGUCAACUGGUUUAUUUCGUACCUCUCAAAGGAUGUCAAAAUUAUUAAGGAUCUCCCUAGAAUGGGAGAUAAACUCAUAACUCCGCACACAACACGUGUUCCUAGGAAGUGCAAUGCUGAGUGUUAUCAGACUCGUAUCCAGCCCAUUUUAAAUAAAAAGCAUGCUGUUCAGUUAACAAAAUUUGAUUACAGACUCUCCAAUCACUUGGAUAUGGAGCUACAGAAGCUGAGAUGUAGAGUCAACUAUCACGCACUGAAGUUUACUGAUCCCAUAAUUGAAAUGGGAAGAAAAUUGGUUGAAAGGAUAAGAAAGAAAAGCAAGCACUUCCUUGCGCUGCAUCUAAGGUUUGAAUCAGAUAUGCUAGCAUUCUCUGGAUGCUACUAUGGUGGAGGAGAAAAGGAAAGGCGAGAACUGGGUAAAAUACGAAAGAGGUGGAAGACAUUACAUGCAAGAAGUCCAGAUAAAGAAAGAAAGAAUGGAAAAUGCCUACUAACUCCCGAGGAAGUUGGCCUUAUGCUUAGAGCACUUGGUUUUGGUAAUGAUGUUCAUAUUUAUAUUGCAUCAGGGGAAAUCUAUGGGGGCGAGGAGACAUUGGCUCCUCUCAAGGAUUUCUUUCCAAAUUUUUAUACCAAAGAGACACUUGCCAGCAAGGAGGAGCUGGCACCAUUUUCUUCUUUUUCUUCCAGGAUGGCUGCUUUGGAUUUCAUUGUUUGUGAUGAGAGUGAUGUCUUUGUUUCAAAUAACAAUGGCAAUAUGGCACGAAUGCUUGCCGGACGAAGGAGAUAUUUUGGUCACAAGCCAACUAUCCGUCCAAAUGCUAAGAAACUUUAUAAGUUGUUUAUGGAUCGAAAUAACAUGACAUGGGGAGAGUUUGCCUCACAUGUUCAAAAACAUCAAAUAGGUUUCAUGGGAGACCCAAUGGAGGUAAACCCAGGCAGGGGUGAGUUUCAUGAAAAUCCAUCAGCAUGCAUUUGUGAAGAUACCAAUGUCAAGGCUAGAGAAGAUGUAACUAUUCCCCAUAGUCCUGCGAUGCACUUUGAAGAAGGUAUUGAUUCUGCUGCUGAUGGUACUAGGAGAUCUUUUGGAAAAGUGAUCGAUGGUCGCAUUAUUGAGGAUGAGCAAGAUUGGUUUGAUACAGAUUAUAUGGAAAAUGAAGUUGGAGGAAUUCAAAGCAGUGGAGGAGCCAGAAUUUUCAUUAAGGGAGUUCAACAUAUGAAGAAGUAAACUCACAAAGAAACAAGAGGGUAUUCAAUAUCUACUAUACACAAAAAAAGUAAUUUUAGCCAUGUAUAAACAAUGAAAUUUUCUGUUGAUACCAACAUAGCCUAGGGGUAGAAAAUUGUACAUAAGGCUAGGGCAGAUUGAUAACUUGUUUCUCCAGUUAUGCUGGUGAAGGUACAGUAUUGUGGGCAA